UGUAGUUUAUUAAACAGUAAAGGAAUAAAAUUACAGAGCUCUGGGUCUCAACUUCACGUCCCUGACGAACAACAAAGGUGUGUCAGUUCACGAAGUCUGACCUCCUGUCCUUUCCCUGACCCAGUAUAUUUGAGCGUAACAGAGUGUCAUUGUGCACGCAAGGCGUUGUCCUCUUCUCAUUGGCAGUUCCACUUCCUCCUUCACCACACCACGCCCCUGCCUCGUGUUAAUCUGACUCCUUCCCGCUGGCGGUGGGGGCGUGGUUCCUGUUUUGAAAGACAAGAGAACAACACAACUCCCUACACGUGCUGUACCUUACUAUCUGUACAUCACUUUCUAUUCUUUUUACCAUAUAUGAAACUAAUUAUCUAAGCAUUGCGGUAUGUGCUCCUCAGACUUCAUGUCUCUUCCUCUCCUGUACUUCUCCACUUCUGCAAAGCAAACACAUUCAGAUCAGCUGAAAUCAUCUCAGUAUUCUCAUUGUUCACACAUCUAAAACUUAUAUCGUGAAACACAACUUAUAGUAAAACACAUAAAAUCAUUCUAUUCCCAACAGUACCCAGAGAAAGCCCACACUGACACAGGGAGAACAUGCAAACUCUGACAGAAGGGCUCCCCCACCCUGGAUUUGAACCAGGAACCCUCUUAUUGUGAAGUGACAAUGCUAAUUUGCUAAUUGUAAUGAAACGCGCUACAGUAUACUCCCCUACUUAUGUCCAUCCAUCCAUUUUCAUAACCACUUAAACUCUUGAGAGUCAUGGGCUAAAAUAACAAUAAGUCAUUCCUUGACAUGGUCAUUCUUCUGAGGUCAUUUUGAUGGAAGUAAUGAAAAAGUAGUGUAAUAAGACACACAUUACAGACAGUACUGUUGUAAAGUAACAUUCCUUUCAAAUGGAAGUAACCACUAAAUUAGAUUUUGAGCGUAACAUGCCCAACACUGCUGCUUAUAGGCCAGCAGUGAUGGGGUUGGGGGCCACGGUGCAUUUGUGCCCAGGGCCCUGUAGCGAGCCAAUCAGGCCGUGGUUGUGAGAGGUUAUUUUUAGUACAUUAAUAUUACGUGUUUUGCGUCACAGCUGUACUUUCUGUCAGCUAUUUGUUUCAAGAAACGUCUCCCUGAGGCCAACAGAAGUGACGCCUAGCAGUUUGGUUAAUGAUAAUAAGGAGCUUCUCUCCCUCUUGCCUGUGACGUGGUGUCACUUCACUUACCCUCGUUCUUUCUCACUCCUCCCAGUAAAAAGUGCCACAUGACCUGUCAAGUAGGAAGUAGCGAGCCAGCGAGCAGCAACAGCAGCAGCGACCAGUAAACGUAAGACGGGGAGGAAGCUGUGAAAUCUCCGAAGUCUCUUUCUCGACGUUUCUCGGCAGAUACGUUUUCCCUGUUGGAUCAGAAGGAGCAAUAAGUCGGCCGCAGUCAUGUACCUGAAGGUGCUGCUUUUCACCGUAGCUGUGGCUCUGAUCGGCGCAGCAGCCGCGACAGACUCAGAUGGAUGCACCUCUCUGUCCUGUGCUUUAUGUGAAACCGUUCAUGACUGCCAGUGGGCUAACUGCACAUCAUCAACUCCUAGCUGUCACAACACGACUUAUGUGGCAGAUAACGAUACCUGCACCCCUGCCAGCUGCUCAGCUGCCCCUACCCCUGUUGUCACCACCGCCUCCUCUAACGGCAGCAGCCCUCUGCCCACCACAGACAGUGCAAACCAUACCACCAUUGCCCCUACUCACGCUGGUAACAGCUCCAGCCCUACGUCUCCAUCCCCUUCUGCAAAUGGAACCAGCACAACUACCACACCAGUUGCCCCCUCUCCCGCCCCUCACAAGAACACUUUCGACGCUGCAAGCUUCAUCGGUGGAAUAGUGCUGGUCCUGGGUCUGCAGGCCGUCAUCUUCUUCCUCUACAAAUUCUGCAAGUCCAAGGAUCGCAACUACCACACCCUUUGAAGCAGCUGCACUUUAUAGAUCCACAUCGCUUGACUUAUCCCUGCCAACUAGAACCUUCCAGAGAAGACUCCCAACUCGGCACGCACUCAUUGCGAUGGACUCAAACAGUGUUUUCAAGCAGGUUUUUGUAGAUCUUCAGUGUUUGUUCCUUGUGUGGUUUAGGCCUGCAUUAGCCUGUAUUAAUGCACACACUCAGGCCUGUAUAUGAUAAUUCAACUAAACAGAUUUCCAGUGAUAUGGCAUCUUAAGCCUUGAGCAUAUGGAUUACAUCACCUGGUAGAUACUCCCACCUCCAUUAUGCCGUUAGUCAUUCUGCGAAAAACCAUUUUACAGCGAACUGAGGGGGUUCGUGUUAUUUACAGCCCCUCCUCUUGUGGCUUCCUCAGUUAAACACACCACAUGAGAGUUACAGAAUUAGUCACAUACACAAAGUAUCUUUCCUGUUGAUGCUUUGGGAGUAGUACAGCGGCAAGCUGGCAGCAUUUUGAUUUGGAAACACUGUUUGAGUUCACAGCUAUUCUUGAACGUGACGACUGCGAUGAUUCAGUGUUGCUUUUAGCCUGUUGAAUCGUGGGCCGGCUCCCUCUUCUUCCAUGCAGCUGUAACAUGUAUACGUGCUCAUGGAUGACGUAAAAGCGGUGGGGUUACUUAGGAGGGAAUAAAAGCAACACCCAAUCAUCUGAUGUCAAAGUAAAACUAAAAAGCCAUCCCGCUGGUCUUAUUUUGGGUGUCUCCCUUGGCAUUUAGGAGUGCUGUGUGUCUUCUGCUGUUGACUUCCCUGGGAAAAUCUUUCACCCAAUACUAGUUGGAAAAAAUGUCAAAACUGCCAGUAGAGCAGCUCAAUGCAAUAAAUCCCCUAUAAAGUUAAUUCCCCUUAUUUCAAUCCCCCAACUGUCAUAUCUGAUCAUUGCCAACAUUAAAACAGACCCACUCUGCUAACGUUGAGCUGGCCCUUUGCCCCCGUUUCUGUUGGGUGGUCAAAAAGGGCCUGUGGGUCAUAUUGAGAGAUUGUAGAAUAUUUCAGAGAUAUUAAUAAUUAAUUUGUUUUAAUAAUGUAUAAUAUGGAGAAUGGGGAGAUAAAGAGAACAGCAUGCACCUUCUUGAUGUGGACAGUGAUAGCAGUGAAGUGCCUUUAAUGUCCAGUAUGACUUAAAGAGAGAAACGGAAGAGUCUUUUCUCCCUGGUUGAGGCCCAAGUGUUAUCAUUAGUUUGUUUGUGAGGAAGAAACGGUAUCGCUGUGCUGAUAUUGGUGAGAACCGUAGUAUCCCAGCUGGACUGAAGAGCCUUUUAUUGUGAAGAAUACAGACACUCGAGGGCCUUGAUCAGUCAUGAUUGAAGUUUUUUCCCUGUAAGUAGAGGACUAUAUUCAUCAUUGAUGGUCUUCUCUCUGGUGACUUUGUAUAAAUGAAUCGUUUGAGGGUGCUCUCCUGUUUUGUAGCGCCCAGUACGUCUCCCAAAUUUCCUCCCACGUCACUAUUUAUGUUUCAGAACUCAGUUGUAAAUUGUAUUAAAUUUUAAAGCAUGAACAAUGAGCUGGAAGGAAAUUUCGGGGUCGAUAGGUGCUGUAAAUCAGGGAACGCAACUUUAAAGAAAAGGCAAAAAUAUUGGGCUUAAUUUAAAAACUUGAGUAUUGGAGAGAGUGCAUUGAGGUUAAAAUGAUGGACUGUUUGAGUGCUAGUUUGGUCAUAUGAGCAGUGCACCUCUGAUUUCUGACUUUGCGGUGUAAAUGAGAGGAUUGUGAAUGAAGUGCAACAACUAAGCAGCCGUGCUAGAGCUCAUGUCAAGUUCUCUAAUUAGCUUGCUGCUAACUGUGUGAUUUUUUUUUCUCUCCAUUUUGUCCCUCCUGUACAUAGCCGUGUCCUGUUUUUGUUCAUCUUCUAGGUUUCAACUUGAGGAAAGGCUAAAUGAAGGAGUACAUUUUGCUUGUAGCGGCUUGUUGGUGUCAAGAAUGUUUGGUUUAAUGCCCUUUUUUUUCAUUAUUGCAUGCUGGAUGCUUGGAGUUGUGAUUUUUCCUCCCAUUGCAUAUCUCUUAAGGAUUUAGACACUCUUAAAAACCACUUGAUUAUUUGUAAUUAGCCCAUAUGCUAGUUGAAAGAAUGCCUUGAAACAGUGUGCAUUGAGCCAAAGUCCUCAGUUUUGGCAUGGAAAUUGAGCAUUGCACUGACAAGCUUUGUUUUGUAACUUUGUCUUUGUAAAUGUUUUCAUGGUUCAGCCAAAAAAAAAAAAAAAAAAAAAAUCAAAUGCUUGUAUAAAUACUCAGUCUUGAAUAUUUACUAGAUAAUGGAUGAAUAAUCACCUUGUUUUCUAUGACCAUGAACAGUGCAGAUGUUUUUCUUUUGGCUUUCAUAAUUUAAGAUUACAUGUCUCCUGCUGCUCACCAUUAACACGCCUUUUAACCUAGUCACCUGGUGGCAUUAGGCUACAGCCCAAAGACCCAACUACGGCGAGAAGGCUCCAGAGUUUUGCCUUAGCUGCAACCAUUUGGUCAUUCUCUGCAUGCGGAGAGCCUUCGCCCAAAUUUAGAGAAACAUUUUAUUCACAGCUGUUUAGUUGCAUGCUGUGUAAACCACUGAAUCCAGUCUUUGCUUUAGACAUGGUAGCUGCAUUCCUGUAGAACACAGCAUCACGUGUUGGCAUCGUGGUGUGUCAAAACACCUCUGGUAUCCGUGGAUACCAAUAGAUGUCCAUUGUGUUGCCUCUCCGCAGCUUCUCCUACAAGUUACUAACUCAGUCCGUGCACCUUUUAAGGAAAAGUGCCUUAUUCAGUUAAUAUCCACAUGUAGUUGUAGUUUGUAAAAAUGAUAUGCCACACCUAUUAAAUAUCAAUGAGACUCAGCACUUUCAGACCCCUGUGAAGUGGUUUUCUGUGUCGUAUUCUGCUUUAAUGUCUGUUUUGUCAUGCUCAGCCUUAACUUCUCGAUCAAACCCACACAGCAUUUGUUAGUGACAAGCUGUCCAGGCGAUUACCAGGAUGCUUUUGUUGAAAAGUUUGUUUGUUAGAUGUAUUUCGUACUGAAUGGCUGACAUUUCAUUAGCAUUUAAGUGCCUAUAUUUUGACCAAACAUACAGCAGAAUUACAGGUGUUUAAAUGCUGCUGAAAUGGCUAUAACCAGCUAAUGAAUGGCAUCGUUUACUACUAGAUGAAACCUGGUUGAAGCCUGGACAACUUGUCACCAGCACAUUGUAACUUACAGUUGUAACCACAGCCACAGAACUUUAGUGUUCUUCAUAAAAUCAGUCACAUGAUGACUUAAAGUCCACUUUGCUUGUAAUUUUCAAUUGGUGCAUUUUCUGUCUGGUGGGAUUUUCAAUUCAAAAUCCUGAUUUGCUUGGUCAUGGAGGGCUCUCCUAUCAGUUUUCAGCCUUGCAGUGUUCAAUUACAAAAGCAACGAGUAAAAAGCUUUUUGAUUCCCUCCUCGUGGCUUUAUUUCUGCCUGCACACUCUGUAGUGCUAUAUCUUUUACCCUUUGUGUUAAGAGGCCAUCUGUCUUGUAGGUACGAUUUGUUUUGUUUUUUUGGCUUUGCUCCCACCCCACUUUGACACACAGCCAUAUGUAGACACUUGCAGGUGCCACAAUGCCUCCUGAAAUGUUUUGUGCUCUUGUUUUUUUUCUUCUUCUCUCAAACCUUUUAUUUUGUGCCUUGUUUUCUAGUGUUGCCUUUUAGUUUCACGAUGUAAAGCCAAUAAAGUUUGAAUAUUGUUAAACAAA